GACCCUUCUGCCUAAGAUUAGUAUUUAGAGGCUGGAGCACUAAAAUGAAGCCGAAAACUAUUUCUAGGCUGAGUCCUUAAGACUUAAUGUUUUGAGCUGCGUACUGCAUGAAGGAAUUAAGGACCCUUGUAUUCCUUCCAAGGACAGGUACUCAAUUAAAAUUGCAUUUGCUGAACUUGGAGCACACCAACAGAAAGCAGAGCGCCAAGCACAACAAAAGUUUCGGAAAUUAAAGUUCUUUCUACAAGGACAACUUGUUGCAGAUAAUCAUUCCUGCCCAACAUGGGGGUUCCGGGAACAGGGGGGGGAAAGUCGGCAUACUCUGCAACAAAUGGGAGUCUUUAUUGCUUUUAAUCGACCCUCAGCCAAAUAACCAGUUCAUUCGUGAUUGGCUUGCUGCAGAAACCAUGUGGCUCACAACCAACUGAAUAACUGCAGGACCGGAAGAGAUGCUGAGGUCCAAAACAGAAAGUAAGGGGGAAAUGAUCAACAGGAAACUGAGCCUAUGGAAUCAACUUCACGCAGAGCUUGGACAGGAUGUUUGCCUGGUUGCUAAGGAGAGACUGACGCCUGCGGGGACUUGAGCGUGACCAGUGGAAGUAAGACAAGAUUCAGCCAAUGAAAAGAGUGCCGCAAGACUUAGGGUCCAAUCAAUGAAGGGCAGUAGUGUGGGUCGUACCAAUAUGUCCACAAGACAGGGGAAUUCUUAGAAAACUACAGACAAGAGUUCAUAAAGGUGAGCCCUCGGCGCAUAAAACGGUGAAAAUAUAGCUCUCAUUAUCCCUAAAUGUCAAUGCAGGACGAAAAUAAGUCAGGCUUCCAGCCUGCACAGGGUUGUAGCAGACUCAUUUCCCCUGCAGGUAUUUAGCACGUGGUGCGCCCCGAUUAGUCACGUGAGCCGGGUCCAAGAUGGCGGCGGGGGUGGCCGGGUGGGGGGUUGAAGCAGAAGAGUUCGAGGAUGCACCUGACGUGGAGCCACUGGAACCCACGCUUAGCAAUAUCAUCGAGCAGCGUAGCCUUAAGUGGAUCUUCGUCGGGGGCAAAGGAGGAGUUGGUAAGACCACCUGCAGCUGCAGCCUGGCGGUCCAGCUGUCUAAGGGACGGGAGAGUGUUCUCAUCAUUUCUACAGACCCAGCUCAUAACAUUUCAGAUGCUUUUGAUCAGAAGUUCUCCAAGGUGCCUACCAAGGUCAAAGGCUAUGACAACCUCUUUGCUAUGGAGAUAGACCCCAGCCUGGGCGUUGCAGAGCUCCCCGACGAGUUCUUCGAGGAAGACAACAUGCUGAGCAUGGGCAAGAAGAUGAUGCAGGAGGCCAUGAGCGCCUUCCCUGGCAUCGAUGAGGCCAUGAGUUAUGCUGAGGUCAUGAGGCUGGUGAAAGGCAUGAAUUUCUCAGUGGUGGUGUUCGACACAGCACCCACCGGCCAUACACUCAGGCUCCUGAACUUCCCCACCAUCGUGGAGCGGGGCCUGGGCCGCCUGAUGCAGAUCAAGAACCAGAUCAGCCCCUUCAUCUCACAGAUGUGCAACAUGCUGGGCCUGGGGGACAUGAACGCUGACCAGCUGGCCUCCAAGUUAGAAGAGACCUUGCCCGUCAUCCGAUCCGUCAGCGAACAGUUCAAGGACCCAGAACAGACGACCUUCAUCUGUGUGUGCAUCGCCGAGUUUUUGUCCCUGUAUGAGACGGAGCGGCUGAUCCAGGAGCUGGCCAAGUGCAAGAUCGACACCCACAACAUCAUCGUCAACCAGCUUGUCUUCCCCGACCCCGAGAAACCCUGCAAGAUGUGUGAGGCCCGACACAAGAUCCAGGCCAAAUACCUGGACCAGAUGGAAGACCUCUAUGAAGACUUUCACAUUGUAAAGCUGCCACUGUUACCUCACGAGGUUCGGGGAGCCGACAAAGUCAACACCUUCUCUGCCCUCCUCCUGGAGCCCUACAAGCCCCCCAGCACCCAGUAGCCAACGCCAUUCCAGCUGCUGCCACUUCAUACCCUCCUCUUUCCCCACGGGGCAGAGUUUGCACAAAGUCCCCCAUAAUGCAGGGGGAGCCACUUAGGAGGUGGGAGGGGGUCUGUUCCCCCUGGUGGAGUCUGGGGAGGCUGCAAUGCCCCCCACCUCUUCCUGCCUCAUACUCAAUAAAAUAAUCUUAAACAGCUGUGUUUGUCCGUGGAGGGGUGGGUAGUAAGCACUUGUGUGAUGAUUCUGCACGCGUGUUUGGCUCCCUCUCACACAGGUCCAUCCAUAGCAAA